UCGAGGCGGGCCUGGGCUUGUUGGAACACGCCCGGGCGAGUCAUCUUGGCGGUUUUGUUCUCAGAACGCUCAGAACCGUUAGAUCAGCGCAGACGCCGGACGUGUACAUUCAAGCUCUCAUACAACCGGGCCAAUACUUCAAGUAGUGCCGAAUUUGUAGCAAUAUCCUCAGUGUUAUCCAACAAUUUUCGGCGUUUUAUCUGAACUCACCUCACGCCCAUCCCCUUCUUGACAUUUGUGUCAAGUUUGGCCGAGGUGUGCACACAUUUUCAACGGUUGGCGGCACCGCGUGACACGAAACCCACGACAUUCAACACAGGCGAUACCAGAUUAGCACGCCUUGCACUAGUUGCAGUUUUUAUGCUACACGACAUUGGACCAGCUGCGGGGGUCAAGAAAGAACGAUGGCUUACAAUUAUUACUACUAUUAUGAAGAGUCGGAUUCGUCUGAUGAAGAGUCACGUGAUUCGCCUGCACAGCUUCCGAAUUCUCCUUGGACCGGACUCUACCAUGGCCACGUCAUCAAACGAAUGAUAUCUCACACUCUUGAGAGUUGGGGCAGACACUGGGACAGACCACACAUAUUCGUCGUAACGCCUUUCAUUGACGAUGAAGGCCUGAGAAUGAUCAGAGAUGCGAUUGGACAGCGGGGCAAAAUCGAGGCUCUGUACACCCGAGACAAAGAUGAUGAUCCUCUUGAAGAUAAGAUGCAAGGAAUCCUCGCGGAAGAGAAUUUCGUCAAGCUGAGGGUUGGUCCUCGCGAGAUACAAAACCAGAAGCACUACUACCACUGCAAGUUCGUCGCUGCCGAGUUUCGUGACCGUGUGGAGAUUCUGAUGACCAGCGCCAACUUGACAGCCGACCACUUCAUGCGGGAGCAGAUAGAUUCAGUACACAAGUACGAGGUUACACCCGGGGCCUUUAGAGAGGAGUACUUGAAGAAGUUGAAUGAGCACUCAAAAGAUUAUGAGUGGCCAAGAGCAGCGUGUUGUAGGUACAAGCCAGAACAACAGAACGUACGUGCGCCCUACGCUCCGACUAGACAGGUAGUCUGUUACAACUGUGAUGAAGAGGGCCACUACUCCUAUGAGUGUCACGACUUCCACAGACGACAGCAACAGACGACACGUGCGUUCUACGCUCCUACUAGACACGGAAAAUGUUACACCUGUGGGGAAUAUGGCCACUACGCCAGGGAAUGUCCUGACAACUUCCAUCCUGCAGGGUACUACUGACCCUGAAAAGUACCCUGCCAUGUAAUAGUUGUUGGGUGGGCCAGCUGUACUCUCUCCUUGCAACUAAGGGCUGAAUUGAUCUUGAGGAUAAGUACAACUAUUGGGUUCCUGUGAGGGGUGAUAUAAUCCUAUUCAGUGAUAUCUGUAUACAUCAAGACAUCUUUGUAUGAUGUAGGUGUAUGUAUUAAGAUUAAUUUUGAAACACUCGGAUUUACCUGAAGGUUGAAGAUACAUGCGUGAUUAGUACCUGUACUGUGUGUCAGAAACGACUGGUUCAAUACUGGUACAUGCCACUACCAGUUAUGACAAUGUGUAUGUGAAGUUUUUGAAAUAUUGUUUUCAUGCAGGUAUACAAGGCAUUGCUUGUGUUUACCGCUUUUUGUAUAUUACCUUUGAUACACAUUACAUUAAAAAGUCUGUUAUACACUUUCGUAAACCAUCAUCAUAGUGUGGUUUUGUCAUAAGUUUUGAGGCUUAUUUUUAGAUAAGAAUUAGGUCGAACCCAUGGCCAUGUCUAUUAUCAUAUGUGUACUAAAUAAUUCAGUUGAAUUAAUUUCCAACAUAAUGAUUUCCGGUCCUGUAAAAUGUUCUUUUCAUUUAGUGACGUCGACCUUCAUCUAAUUGUAUUACUUUCCUUUAGAUUAUCUUUGUAUUCGUUAAUUCAUUUUUAAUUACUAUAUUAGUUAUGAUAUAUGGUAUUAGUUUUUAUUAAAACCGAACGACAGACUUUGUAACUCCAACCGUGUAGAAAAUUAAUGUUUAACGUUAGAGUGUGUACAUUACAAUGUAUACAAUGUGUAUUGCUGAAUAGAGUGCCUUUCAUAGGUCAUGUUUGAACGCCUCGAUUUGUCUCAGUGUCAUUCUAGAUCUUGUUCGGUAUAUUACUACAUGCACAAUUAGUACCGGAAUAAGAGAAUAGGAGAAACAACAUGAUCUACGUUACAUC